AAGAAGCUCACGCUACAGCCCAGAUGCACCUCAACACCAUUGAACUCGUGUGCUCUCGCUGAGGGACAAACUGGCGCAGCAACGGACGGAAUUGCGGCGGGAGGCGAUGGACUGGCUAAAGCACGAGAACAAGGCGCCCAACAAGCGACUCAAGCAGGUCGAGGACGCCGGUGCGUGUGUUGAUACUACCGAAGGCGAACCGAGCGGAGAUGGAGGCGCGGUGGAUGCUCCGAGGGACGAUCUCGUCCCGCGUGAGAGCUGGGAGGUGCCCGACGGAGAGAAAAAGGAGCUCUACGAGCUCGUGGGGCGGACUUCUUUGUCGCUGUCAUCGCAUUUACCUGCCAGCGAAUUUUCACAGCCCCGCGCCGGGCUGAUCGCGAUGCGAGCUCGCCUGCCCUCUACCCUCUAGCCCAUGUCCUGCGAGCUCUUUGCUAUCACGUUGGCUCACAGACAGGUGCUGAACUACUUGAGGGCGAGCAACUCGGACGAAAUGUUACUCGGCUUUGUCGCUCGACUUUGGACCGGACGGGAAUAUCAGCCUAGGGGUUUCGAUAAAGGUAUAAGCCAUGUUCUGCGCAAUAGCAGAAGCUCCCUACCUCGCCAGAUCUGACAUGGCUUCCUUGUCUUCACUACCCUUCGCGAAUCAUCACCAUACCACCCUACGACAAGGGGCUCGAGCGUAGGUUCGGCUGCGAACGGUAACCAAAGAUGACGAUAUGCGUAGUACCCCCGUCCAAACGAGAUCACUUCGCCAAGGAACUAGCCAUGGUUCGCC